GAAGGUGUUAUUGGCGCCAUUAGUCCUGACCAGAGUCUCUGGACGUCUGAAUAAACCUGGCGUGGAAACAGACCGAAGUUAGAAACACAGCGCUAGUCCGAGGUUAACGGAGAGAAACGGCGUUUUUACGGGGUUUAUUUGGAGGAAACGUCUGUGAUUCAGUGAAGAUGUCGGAAGUCCAUGUGCUGAAAUAUUUAGUGAAGCAGCGACUCACGGAGGCUGCUGAAGAGAUAUUUGGGCUGUUUGAAAGAACAAUAGCAGAGUACGAGGAGGAAGCUUCUAGAUUAAAAGAGGACAACGAGCGACUGAAGAAACAUCUGCACGCUGUUUUUAACCCUGAAGUCCGCAUCCAAAGAGCAGACCUCCAGCAGCUUCUUGUGAUUAAGGAAGAGCAGCAGGAGGAUCCAGAGCCCCCCAACGUUAAAGAGGAACAGGAGGAUCCAGAGCCCCCCAACGUUAAAGAGGAACAGGAGGACCCAGAGCCCCCCAACGUUAAAGAGGAACAGGAGGACUCAGAGCCCCGCCCCACUAAAGACGAGCAGCUUCAAGGGCUGGAGAAGGCUGACAUGAAGGUCUUAUACACUCCUGUGAAAAGUGAAAAUGAUGUAGAGGAAGCUCUGUCCUCUCACCUUUAUCAGAGACAUACUAAACAGAUGGAGACAGAAGGUGAUGGAGAGGACAGUAGAGUACCAGAACCAGACAGGAACUCUUGUCUAGAUUGUCCCUCAGAACCAGAUAGCAAUGAAAAUACUGAAGACUCUUCUGAGCCUAAGGACAGUGAUGAUCGGAAGGAAACAUUUGGUUGCCUUAAAAAGAUGAAGAGACACAUGAUGACCCACACAUCAGGGAAACCUUUCAGCUGCUCAGAGUGUGGUAAAUGUUUCACUGCAAGUGGAAGUCUUAAGGCACACAUGAGAUGUCACACAGGGGAAAAGCCUUUUAGCUGCUCAGAGUGUGGUAAAUGUUUCACUGUAAGUGGACGUCUUAAGAGACACAUGAGAUGUCACACAGGGGAAAAGCCUUUUAGCUGCUCAGAGUGUGGUAAAUGUUUCACUGUAAGUGGACGUCUUAAGAGACACAUGAGAUGUCACACAGGGGAAAAGCCUUUUAGCUGCUCAGAGUGUGGUAAAUGUUUCACUGUAAGUGGAAGUCUUAAGGCACACAUGAGAUGUCACACAGGGGCAAAACCUUUCAGUUGCUCAGAGUGUGGUAAAUGUUUCACUAAAAAUGGAAGUCUUAAGGCACACAUGAGAUUUCACACAGGGGAAAAGCCUUUUAGCUGCUCAGAGUGUGGUAAAUGUUUCAUUGUAAGUGGAAGUCUUAAGAGACACAUGAGAUGUCACACAGGGGAAAAGCCUUUUAGCUGCUCAGAGUGUGGUAAACGUUUCAGAGAAAGCGGACAACUGAAGAAACACACGAGAUUUCACACAGGGGCAAAACCUUUCAGUUGCUCAGAGUGUGGUAAAUGUUUCCCCGUAAGUGGACGUCUUAAGACACACAUGAGAUGUCACACAGGGGAAAAGCCUUUUAGCUGCUCAGAGUGUGGUAAAUGUUUCACUGAAAAUGGAAGUCUUAAGACACACAUGAGAUGUCACACAGGGGAAAAACCUUUCAGCUGCUCAGAGUGUGGUAAAUGUUUCACUAAAAAUGGAAGUCUUAAGACACACAUGAGAUGUCACACAGGGGAAAAACCUUUCAGCUGCUCAGAGUGUGGUAAAUGUUUCACUGUAAGUGGAAAUCUUAAGACACACAUGAGAUGUCACACAGGGGAAAAACCUUUCAGCUGCUCAGAGUGUGGUAAAUGUUUCACUGUAAGUGGAAAUCUUAAGACACACAUGAUAUUUCACACAGGGGAAAAGCCUUUUAGCUGCUCAGAGUGUGGUAAAUGUUUCAGUGAAAGCGGACAACUGAAGAAACACACGAGAUGUCACACAGGGGAAAAACCUUUCAGUUGCUCAGAGUGUGGUAAAUGUUUCACUGUAAGUGGAAGUCUUAAGACACACAUGAGAUUUCACACAGGGGAAAAACCUUUCAGCUGCUCAGAGUGUGGUAAAUGUUUCACUGUAAGUGGAAGUCUUAAGACACACAUGAGAUGUCACACAGGAGAAAAACCUGUGCUCACGUUACAUGUUAUUUAGCUGACGCUUUUAUCUAAAACGACUUACAUUGCAUUAUAAUUUUUGCCUGGGGAGCAGUUAGGGGUUAGGUGUCUUGCUCAGGGACCCUUCGACAUGGCACAUUGGGCAGCCGGGAUUUGAACCACCAACCUUGCGGCCCCCAGCGCACUGCACAGUGUAGUAAAUGUUUUACUGCAUUUGGAAGUCUGAAGAGACACAUGCUGUAUCACACAGGGGAGAGACCUUUCAGCUGCUCACAUUGUGGUAAAUGUCUCGCUGUAAGCAGAAGUCUGAAGACACAUGAGAUUUUACGCAGUGAAAAAAACUAAUUUUCUCAAAAUGUGAUAAAGGUUUCACUCAAGGUGGACAUCUGAAGAGGCAUCAAUAUCCACAUGAUAAGUUGUAAGCUUAGGAGAAACAUUGACAUUUGCAGCUUCUUUUCAUCCUAUCAGGGAGUUAGUCUUAUUGAGGUGGCCCUAUUGUUUCUGGAGUAAAACUCAUUCACAGAGGCUCUCAGCCAACGGAUUGUUAAUAUUUUAAUUAAUAAUUUUUCAGACUAGCUGCCACAACAUGAGUGUACAUCUUUGUCGUUCCUCCUGAGGUUUCUUUUUUUGGAGGAAUCUUUUUAUCUACCGAUGUGAGGGUUUUGGGACAGAGGAUGUUGCAUGAUUACAACCGUGAAGCCCUCUGAGGCUAGUAUGUGAUUUUGGACUUUAAAAUUAAUUGAAUUGAAGUCUCUUUAGGCAGAUGGUUAGUAAAUUCAUAUUCGAGAACACAACUCCAAAGGUAAUUACAUCCUUCCAAUGAAUAACCUUAAGUUACGUUGUCUACUGUUAAAAUUGUAAUGUUACCCAGCCUUUUAUUGACCUUUUAACUUGUAGAAAUACAAGUUUGACUGAUUUAUAUGUUCCAUUUGUGUUACUGCAGGCUCUCCUGUCUUAAUUCUGUUGUUUUGCAUGUUACUUUGCUUUCACUUUGUUUUCCCUUUUUUUCAGGAAAUGUGUUGUUGGGAUUUAGAUUAGAUGUUUUCCUGGUUAUUUUGAUACUCAUUGUCUGUUCAUCUUCAUUUUGAGCUGAGUACAUAUUUGUAUGACAAAAUAAGGUAUCUGUGUAUUAAGAAACAAAACAAGAAUGAAAUCCUACUGUCAUUUUACAUUGCUGAGCGAGAAGAAGUGCUGAAAAUGAUAUGAAGGCAAUACAUUUUAAUUUUUUUGCAUAAGUGAAUAAAUGUCGAAAAAUCAA